CCCCCCAAAAAAAAGCAUAUAGAAAUGCUUAUUAUUUCUAAAACAUUCUUAGUCCACAUUACUCAUUUAUUUGCCCAUCUUCCUUAAAUUUAGCCAUUUUAGUAGAAUUUAUUUUUUUUGGGCAACAGUUGAUGCUGAUUUUGAUUAAUUUGACUUACCUGGAAAUUUCAAUUUAUAGAGAUUAUUUUUUUGGUGGAAAUUUAAUAUUUUAGCAAGUAGACGAUAUAUCAGGUAUUUCAGGAGCAUAUAUGUUCUGAAAUUUUAGCAUGCUUAAAUACAUAGUGAAAGACUAAUUGUCGGGUCGUAAAACAAUUCAUUGUACCUAUUAUUUGCUCUAUUUUUGUGCAUGGAGCUGGGAUUUGUUUUCUUCUAUGCAUGUGAAAAACUUACGUUUAACAUAUUUUUCCAGGUUUUGGAAUCUUCUUGUACAUGGGUUGUAGGGUUUCAUGAUGAGGAGGAGGAAAUGGUCACUUGGUUGAAAGGACUUAUACAGGCCACAUAUCAAGCAUCUGCGCCUCCAUCGGUUGAUGUACUUGGAGAAAGAAGUGAUUGUCGAGCUGAGUUUGGUGAAUGUUAUACAAGUUUGAAAACUGCUGACCUUGUUAUUAAUGGGGCAUUGGUAGAAACAAAGUUAUUUAUAUAUGGAAAGGCUUACAGAUUGUGCAAUUUGGUAUGUCAUAUAAUUAUGCUGAUCGGAGAUGAAGUUGAUGAGACUCUAAUUCUUGAGGUUCUGGCUGGUGGGGGAAAGGUUUGUGUAGCUACUUUCUUUUCUAUUACAAUUUUUGCGUCAGCCGACAAAUUCGGAAAUUUUUAAUUGGAAUAAUGUUUUUUUCUUCUCAAUUAUGUAGCCUAGCUUGGCUGAAGUGACACAGGGCAGUCAAAGGAAAUAAGUCACUUUCAAUUUUCAAUAGGAGAACAUCUGGGAACUGGAUCUGGGAGAUCUCCCAUUGUUCUAGAGUCUUACGUUAAAUAUAUUAAUGGCAGAGUGUAGUCCAGUUUCUGAGCUCUACGUUUCAAUUUUUAUUAGAGAGCAGCAGUCCUAUUUAUAUUGAGCUAUAUUUUAUUGUUUCACUGAAUUCCAAAAUUGUGGAAGUCAUACUAGACAACAAGUAACAUUGUUUUGCAAGCUAAGUACCAAUACUGCGAGAGAACAGAAUAGCCCCAUCCUACAUUGAACUGUAAUAGGAGAAAAACAGGGACUUGAUUCCUCAGUAUAGGCUUCCCUAUUUGACCACCAAGCCAGCCUUUUGUGACAGUGCAUGGGGGCACGUGGAUUUUCUUACCAUUGGGACAUGUACAAUAUCCAUUACCACAUUAUCUCAAAUUGAUUUGUAUCUGCCUGAGAACACUGGCUUUUGCAUGUUUUUGGGGAGAGCUCCCUUGGUAACAGGAUUGAGAUUUUGGGUUUUCCUUUCCCAUACCUGCCCUGUCAACUUUUGAAAAUAACCCAUCGGCUCGAUUUAUUUGGGUGAUUUGAGAAUGUCAGAAAUCCUUUGUUGAUGUUUCGAUUGAAGUUCUUAUCUGUAGCCUAAGCUUGUGUGUGUCUGUCCAUGUGGAUAUCUUCUAAACAUUUGUCAGCCUUAUAGUUGAUAGUUGAUGUAUAUGAAUGGUUUUGUAUGUUCCCUUUUGAAGUACAGACGUUCGGUUUUGACUUACCAUUUAACUAUUUCUCUCUGGAAAAACUUCUUGUUAAAUCGUAUACAGUUACAGCUGGUUCUUCAAUUAUCAUGUAUAUUUUUUCAAUUGAACAUUUAGGCCAUUUUUGUUUUACAGGUUAACAUAAUAUGUUUGGGGGGGUGACCUAACAGUCAAGAUGAAGUUGCACUCCUUGAAGAUUAAAGAUGAGCUUCAAGGUUGUCUGUCUUCAUGUCCGCAGUAUUUAGCUUGCUCUGUGCAGAAGAAUGGCGAAUCAUUUGCUUCCACUGGCACAUUUGAUCCUCAUGCAAGGGAGAUGUCUAUUGUUCUUCCUGAGGAUUACGAAGUUUUCAAGGAUGCUUUGCCAGAUUUUAUGUCUUUAUCGGAAACAGGCAUUUAUUCACAAAAAAUAUAGCUCAUUGUGGAAUGAUGGGGGACAUCAAUGACCCUGGGUUUGAGUCUUCUGAAGCCUUUUCUCAUGAAAAAGAUUUGGCCAAGGGAAAGGGCAUUUCCGGUGAGAUCUUUUAUGAGGCAGAGGGUACUGAUAAUUCAGAUUUUGUAUGCAUGAUUGUAUGUGUUAACUUCUUGACAAGGAGUUCUGGCUUGGGUUAUUAUAAUGGGGUAGAUAUACAGAUGAGUAUUCGCAUGUCCAAACUAGAAUUCUUUUGCAACAGACCCACCCUUGUUGCUUUAAUUGGUUUUGGCUUGGAUAUAAGCUAUGUGAAUUAUGAGGUAAGUGGCAGUGACAUAAGAAAAACUUUAGAGGAUGAAGAAAGAGAAGACUGAAGAUACAGGACGUUUCAAAGGGUUGCUGGGUUACGGUAAAGGUCGUGUGGUAUUUUUCUUAGGUAUGAAUGUUGACAGUGUCUCUGUGUAUCUUAACAAGGAGGAUGGUUCCCAGCUUGCCAUGUUUGUACAAGAAAGUUUCCUGUUGGAUAUUAAGUUCAAAUUCAAUUCUUAUAGUGUUGAAGAUGAUGAUUAUGAAGGAUAUGAUUACAGCUUGUGUGGCCGACUUUCUGCUGUUCACAUUGUUUUCCUCUAUAGGUUUGUUCAGGAGAUAACAACGUACUUUAUGGAACUUGCUACCCCACAUACUGAAGAAGCUAUCAAACUUGUUGAUAAAGUUGGAGACUUUGAGUGGUUGAUUCAGAAAUAUGAGAUUGAUGGAGCUGCUGCUUUAAAGCUGGACCUUUCACUUGACACACCAAUGAUCAUCAUUCCGAGAAAUUCAACAAGCAAAGAUUUCAUUCAACUUGAUCUGGGCCAGCUUCAGGUGACAAAUGAAUUUAGUUGGCAUGGCAGCCCAAAGAAAGAUCCUUCGGCUGUCCAUAUUGAUGUUUUACACGCCGAGGAGCAUUAUUGCGGAUUAUGGGGAUCAACAUGUCUGUAGGGAUUGAUGGGUUUGUAGGUAAACAUAUGAUUAGGGAAGGCCAAGGAUUUGAUGUUUAUGUGCGCGGAAGUUUGAGAGACGUGUUUAGAAAAGUCCCAACAUUUUCUCUAGAAGUGAAGGUAAUAUUUGUGCUUGAAAUUCCAGCGACUAUUCAAUGUCUUGCUUCUCAUCUGGUUGUUUAAGCAUCUUUAGUAUUCCUUGUGGUGGGGGACUGUUGACAUUAUUAUGGUAUACUUUGAUAUGUGUAAUAUCAUGGGAACAAGGGUCAAGUCCUGUAGUUCCCAGGCAUAUAUUGCAUCUUGUGUAUGCACUUGGUUUUUGUGAGCUUCUUUGCUGAAAGAAACUUUUUAGACUGA